CUCCCUCCCUUUGCCUAUAAUCCCCCUGCUCUUCCUUCUUUUUUUCCACCUCCUGCUCUAAGUCUUCUGUCUCCUGCAUGGUAGAUAGUGGUAAGGCGUGAACCCAUUUGAUUUCAAGAUCAUGCAGCACACAACAGACCACGAUGAAUCUGUCUGGAACAUGGUGGCAACAGAAGGACAUGGAUGAUUGGGUCUGGGUGGUCGCUGUUCCUCCUCUGAAAUUAGGCAGUGACACUGUCCGAAGCCUUCCUCCAAUAUUUUCUGCUGAGGACCUAGAGGAAGUACAGAAGAAGAAAGAGGAUCUUGAGUAUCAGAUGAAUACUGUGAAGGAGCGUGCAAAAUUGGAACUAAACUGGAAGAUAGAUUAUCACCUACCUGGUUACAGGGAGCUGUCAGCCUCCAGACAAGAUGCAGAUAGCCUAUUGAUGAAGACAACAGCUGGAGUGGGGCCUAAGGAAUCUGAGCUGCCACUGAGCCCAGUAAAGAGAAGCCACUUUGUUUCCCAAGCUCCAAAGUGUCAACCUGGAAGCCAAGUCAAGGACUCCAAAUGUCUCCCAUUGAAAGCACAGGAGAAGAAACAGAGUAACGUUCAACAAAUACUUCACUGGAAGAAUGACAGAGGCCAGGACAAGACUGUUGAACCACAGGGGCUACUAGUACACAGCCAUACACCAGAAACUGUUUCUUGUCCUGCACAAACCUCAAACCCUGUCAGUGUGAUGCAGCCACCACCAGUAACGGCACUGUCAGAACUGGCUGAGUUCAUUGUUGAGUAAAGCCAACACUCAGUCUGAAUUCCCCUGACCACCGAACUAUCAGUUUCCUGAGAAAUAGACCCUGCAACACUAAAAGAUGACUGUAGCAUAAUUGUCACAAACAUGG